AUGUCGCAGCCAAUUGCGCUUCUGUCCGUGUACGACAAGACCGGGCUGUUGCCCCUCGCCGAGCGUCUCGCGGGUGCGGGUGUGCGCCUCCUGGGCUCGGGCGGGACGGCGAAGAAGAUCAGGGAGGCGGGGAUACAGAUUGAGGAUGUAUCUGACCUCACCAAGGCUCCCGAGAUGCUCGGUGGACGCGUCAAGACGCUGCACCCGGUCGUGCAUGGAGGUAUCCUCGCGCGCACACAGCUCCCCUCGGACGCGGAGGACCUCAAGGCGCAGGCAAUCAACCCUAUCUCGAUUGUGGUUUGCAACCUCUACCCCUUCAGUGAGACGAUCGCGAAGGAGGGCUGCACGAUUGCGGACGCGGUCGAGGAGAUUGACAUCGGAGGUGUAACGCUCCUCCGCGCCGCUGCCAAGAACCACGAGCGCGUUUCCAUCCUCUCCGACCCCGCCGACUACGACGCCUUCCUCGACGCCUGGGUCAAGGAGUCCGGCAACAUCCCGCAGGCCCUGCGCAGCAAGCUCGCGCUCAAGGCCUUCGAGCAGACGGCGAAGUACGACGCGGCGAUCAGCGAUUACUUCAGGCAGCAGUACGCCUCCACGGACUCCCCCGCGUCCUCAAGCGCGGGCAUCAUCCAGCGCACCCCGCUACGCUACGGCGCGAACCCGCACCAGAAGCCUGCGCAGGCGUUCGUAACGGAGGGCGAGCUGCCGUUCAAAGCCCUCUGCGGCUCCCCUGGCUACAUCAACCUCCUCGACGCCCUCAACGCAUACGCGCUCGUCUGGGAGCUCUCGCAGGCGCUCGCUUUGCCUGCGGCGGCUAGCUUCAAGCACGUCUCCCCCGCCGGCGCGGCCGUCGGCAUCCCCCUCGACGAGACGGAGCGCAAGGUGUGCGGGGUGGAUGAUCUGUCCGUCGAGCUUACCCCCCUCGCCUCCGCCUACGCCCGCGCACGCGGCGCCGACCGCAUGUCCUCCUUCGGCGACUUCAUCGCGCUCUCGCACCCCUGCGACGUCGCGACGGCGAAGAUCAUCUCGCGCGAGGUCUCCGACGGCAUCGUCGCCCCCGGCUACGAGCCCGCCGCGCUCGACAUCCUCGCGAAGAAGAAGGGCGGGAAGUACUGCGUCCUCCAGAUCGACCCCUCCUACACCCCGCCCGCGAUCGAGACGAAGCAGGUGUACGGCAUCUCGCUGCAGCAGCGCCGCAACGACGCGCUCAUCACGCCCGGGGAGUACUUCAACGAGCGCGUGACGAAGAACACGGAGGUGCCGAAGGACGCGCUGGUCGAUUUGACGGUGGCGAGCGUGGCGCUCAAGUACACCCAAUCCAACUCCGUCGCGUACGCGAAGGCCGGGCAGCUUAUCGGCAUUGGCGCGGGCCAGCAGUCGCGCAUCCACUGUACGCGCCUGGCGGGCGGGAAGGCGGAUAUCUGGUGGUUGAGGCACCACCCGAAGGUCCUCGCCCUUCCUUUCAAGAAGGGCACGAAGCGCGCCGACAAGGCGAACGCGGUCGAGCUUUACGUGUCGCUUACCGAGGGCGACGAGCUCGAUGAGGUGGACGCGAUCGAGAAAGAGGCGUUCGAUAAGCUUAUGGAUGGCCCCGCCCCCCUCCUCACCAAGGCCGAGAAGAAGGCGUGGGCGGCGCAGCUCGCCGGCGUCGCCUGCUCCUCCGACGCCUUCUUCCCCUUCCCCGACAACGUGCACCGCGCGCGCAAGAGCGGCGUCGCGUACCUCGCCGCGCCUGGCGGAAGCGUGAUGGACGCGGAGUGCAUCAAGGCGGCGGACGGGUAUGGGAUGGUGGUGUGCAGGACGGCGUUGCGGUUGUUCCACCACUAG